AAAAAAUACACUCUGUUCCGAAUUUAUCAUGGGAUGUUCGGGCGACAGAGAAAAGGGCCACCUCGAUGAGUCGCAGAAGUGGGAUUAUGUGACUCUUUCCGACUUUCGCGCAUCUGGCGCUUUGACAUAUCUCUCCUAUGGAUGGCUCUGGUUUAUGGCUCUCAUAGCAGUCGCUGUGUAUGGUGCCGACACAUUCACUGCCAUCAACCUCCUUGCAUACGAUAAAUGGUCUUCCCAGAUCGAGCCCAGUAUUCCUUUGAAGUACUCAAAAUGGAUCUUCGCCGCGUGUAUCAUGUUCUCAUGGGUUCUUUGCAUAUUCGAAUGGGUCCGCGCUACCCGUGUGGUUCGUAGAGGCAGCGUUGCUGAGAGCUAUAUGGACUCUGUUGCCGUCACGCUCCAGUCAAUGCGACCCAAUGGCUGGAAGCGCUUCCUCGUUUUCGCCGAACUGACCAAAAGCAAGAAGGGCGUCGACUAUGUUGCUCUUUUUGUCUAUUUCGCCUUCAAGGGUGCUGUACGGAUCAUCUUCGCCGAGGGACCGCGCCAGGUGGUCAACGCUAUCACUCUCUACUCCUUCAUGCAGCAAGAUCUCAUUCCAAUGGGCGAUCACGCUGCUACACAAAACCGCUCCUCGUUCGAGCAGUUCUGGGUCAACGUUGAGACACUGGCUGAAUCGAAUCGAGAACAAGCUGUCGUUCUCUUCACCAUGCUCUUCACCCUCGUCAUUUGGGUUAUCUCAGCCUUGUGCUUGAUCAUCGCUGUGGUUCUUUACCUGGUCUUCCUUUGGCACUACAUUCCUCAGAGCGACGGCCGGUUGAGCAACUACUGCCGAAGAAAGAUUGACCGUAGGCUUGAGAAAGUCGUGAGCCAGAAAGUCAAGCAAGCGUUGGAAGAUCAAGAGAACAAGCACGCACAAAGCGAGGCAAAGGCAGCCAAGAAGGUUGGCCAGCUUCCGAACAGGCCGCAGGUCAACCGCAAACCUACGCUGCCUCAAGUUGCAGCCCAGACGCCAGACAUUGGACGGGAUAGUGACUUUGGCCUCGUCAGGCAGGAUACUCACAUGACUCAGAAAUCAGCACCAAGCCGGACGAAUACUACUCCAUUAUUUGGGCUCCAGCGACAGAACACAUUGCCAGAGGACCACCCUGCAUUGCCACCUGCACCUGCUCCUGAGCCAGCAUUGCGUCGUCAGCAAACGCCGCUCGGUAUUCAGCAAAUGCAGCAACCACCUCGAACGCACACAGCACCACCAAUGGCAAUGUAUCGCGAGCCGAGCUUGCCGGACUUGGACGCCGAGAGACGUCCGCCCAUGCCUUACCGUUCAGACACCGAAGCGUCGGCCAUGUCCAAUGCCACUUAUGCUUCGGAUGCCUCGCUACUUGGAAACGCCAAUGACAUGGGCUCUGUUGACAGCUCGGAUUACUAUUCCACGCAAUCAAGACCCACGUUCGAUAGAUCGACGUCACAUGCUUCCAGACAGAUGCCCCCGACGUUCGACGCUCACUCCGGAUAUGCAAGCCAGCCCUACCCGAGCAGGAGCGCUACAGCGGCUCCGCAACAGCCUGCAAGAUGGGGACACCAUGAGUUGGAUGAGACAUUCGAGUACGAGAGGGACAUGACACAGGAACCAAUGGAUCGAUACGCAUCUCCCUAUCCUCAAGACAUGUCCAUGCAUCAAGCGAAUAUGGGCUACGAAGACACCAUCAACAUGCCUCGACAGAGACCACAGCAAAGUUUCCAGCAAUCAUACGCUCCCUUGGCUCGCAUGAGUAGUGGGUUGAGCUUUGCUUCUCGCCACACACCCGAGCCUGAAAUGCAGAGCUUCGAGAUGACGACGCAGACACGAACAGCCAUGCCAGAGCCUUUCGAGCGGCGAACAUCGCCUCCUCAACAGCAGUCACAUCAGCCACGAUCCGCCUCUGCAGCAUCUGGAGGCUACGUUGCGUUCAACCCAUCCUUCACUCUCGCAGCCGCCGCACCUUCAUUUAUGCCGCCGAAUCGCAGCAUCACAAGUCCUCCAGAAAUAUCAAGACCUGCCACAUCAGCUGGUCCUCAACGCAGUGCUACAGCACCUCCCGAAGCCUACGACGGACUGAUUGACGAAUACCGCCAAGGUAUGCAGCCUCAAUACGCCCGCCGCGAGUUCCCCGGUAGAAGCGCGACUGCAGGACCUGGCCAGCGACGACCUGAGGCCCCUGUCAGAAGUGCAUCCACUGCUCCCCAUCACCAUCAUGACAUCCCAGGCAGAAGUGCAACUGCUGCUCCAGGUCAGAAGUAUAGCACGAUCCCUGAAUGGUGA